AUGGAUCUUGUUGACCCUGAGCCCGUCAUGGCCCCUGAGCCUAUUGUUGCUCCUGAUCUUGCACCAGAGCACGACCCUAUUCAUGAUGAUGCACCAGCUUUUGUACCACCCAUUGCUGACCUACCAGUUGUUGCUCCACCAGUGGUGGAUGAUCCUGUUGUUGAUGUACCGUUACCUGAUCCCGUACUAGCUUUGAUUGACCGAGCCCCAUUCGCCACUCAUAUAGAUCCUCGAUACGUUGACACCCACAACGGGUGGAUCAAUGACGAUGACGAUUACCCACCGUUUGUGCUGCCUGACAUACCGCCACCUCAUCCUGGAGAGGGGUCAUCGAGGCAGCCGCCUGUUUCUAUUCCACCCGUGCUGUCAUCAUCUUUACCGUUCACAUCUCAGUUUCCUCAUGUUGCACCACCUACUGCACCACCUUUCAUGCCAUCGAGCGAGCCAUUUUUAUGGACUACGCCCCCUAUCAUGCCAUUGUCUGAUCCGUCCCACCCGUACCAUGUUGGGUACUCUACGGAGGACAUACUUACAUCCUUGAUGAUACAGCAGGAUGCAUUGACACGUCGUAUUCAGGAGUUGGAGAGAGCUCCACGACCACCUUGCCAGUGUCAGACCCCCUUUGCAGCACCGCACACUCCUCGUCCACUUUCCCCUGAUUCAGACGUUCGUUUCUUGACAUCUGAUCAGCAGAUUACAUAUUUGCUGCGCGUCUGUCGUGCUUUAGAGGAGGACUGGUUACACAUGCAUCGCUUGCUUUUCUCUCGUUUUCCUCCUCCUCCUCAGCCAUCAGCAUAG